GAGAAGACUCGACCUGCUCUGCUCAAGUAUGAUCAACUUGACGCUUCGAAACCAAAUAGGCAACUCCGCCAGACGCGCUAACUCGCGGCACGAGGAGGUUGGGAUGCGGUUAGGCCCAGCAUCAUGUGCAUGUAAGGAGGUCAUUUAUGACUGGCCGGUGCCGAUGCUUCACCCGGGCUCACUGACCCGUGAUGCGAACUGAGACGGCUGGUUCCCACUCGACGGAUCAAGAAAAAUGCUCCACAAUGUUAACGACAACAUGGUCCGCCCAUCAACGAGAUACCAGACACCAACAAGUGUUUGGCAAGCAUGGUGGCUUAUUGGCGAACUCUAAACCUUUUUGUUACUCAAUUAGGCAGGAUAAGUGAGAAAAUGACGGCGGGGACGGGAGCCAACUCGGCUUCGGGCUCGCGUCGCUUCGUCUUGGCUUUGGGGGGACCGGAAGACGCCAGCGGCAUUCGAGUGUCAUCCAGUUGGUCUGGGGAGCGCAGAUCCGGGGUAUCGGCUCGGCAGGAUUCCCCGCACUCGGGCCCACGUACACUUCACACCUGAGUGAUGCUGCGAGACGACGCCAUUGGACGUGACGUCUGAACAGCUUGCAUGUAUAUAUAUAUCACAUGCAUCAGCGACGGCCCGGCGUUGAUGAUAACACACCGGCAAACUCAUCACCACAUCUCACCAUCGCACAGCCAACCUCCUCAUCUCCUCCUCACAGCAGGCCAAGGCCAAGGAACAACUAAAGACAUCCGAGUAGAACAUUGAAUCACGCAAAAAUGGCUACAAACGGAGCACAUGCCAACGGCACGCUCUUCACCCCCGAGAAAUACCCGCCCUUCCCCAAGGACGUCCCCAGCGUGAAGCUCGAGACUUUCUCCCUCGCGCAGCUGGAGAAGGGGGACAGGGCGCUCGAGGACAAGCUCUUCGAGACGUGCAAGGAGCGGGGCUUCUUCUACCUAGACCUCAACGGGAGCUCGCGGGACUCCAUGGGCCGCGACUGCGACGACAUCGCCAGGCUGGCCGAGAAGGUCUUCAAGCUGCCGGCCGAGGUGAAGGAGCAGUACGGGGUGACGGACAAUAUCUUCGGCUUCAAGAGGAUAGGAGCAACCAAGACAGACGCAAAAGGCACCCCAGACACAGCAGGCUUCCUGAACAUCGCAAAGGACCGCAUCCUCGACAACACAGACCGCUGGAAGUACCCCUCCCUCGUCCUCGACCACAAGGACCUGCUGGCGCGGUACAUGCGCAACGCGCACGCGACGGGCCUCAAGGUCCUCUCCGUCCUCGCCGAGCGCCUCGGCCUCCCCGCCGACGGCUUCGACGGCCACCACCGCCUGGCGCAGGAGUCGGGCGACCACGUGCGCAUGACGCACGGCCCGCCGCGCAGGACGGCCGAGCUGCCCGAGAUCCAGACGCCCGGCCACACCGACUUUGGGACCAUCACGAUCCUCUUCAACUGGCUGGGCGGCCUGCAGGUGUGGUCGGACCCGUCGAGGGGCAACUUUGGGAACGUGGUCGACCCGGAGAGCACGGCGGGGCCGGGGGGCGGCGACGAGGGGGACGGCGAGAGGCCGCGGUGGCUGUGGGUGCAGCCGCCGCCGCCGAACCACGCCAUUGUCAACCUCGGGGAUGCGGCUGUCAAGUGGACCGGCGGCGUGCUUUGUUCCGGGAGGCACCGGGUCGUGCCUGCCCCCGGUGAGCAGGGCAGGUAUGACCGUUAUUCUAUUGUGUACUUUGUCCGGCCUGAGGACAAGGCCAUCCUGAAGAGGAUGGAGGCGCCUGGGAUCCCUAAGCUGGAGCCCGGGGAGGAGGAGGAGGAGAUCACUGCCAAGGAGUGGAUCCUCCAUCAGACGAGGGGCCUGGGCCAGCAUCUCUCAACAAAUUAGAGCGUCUGUGACCAUCUAGGAUGCGGGUAUUAUGUGGCAGUCGUCGUCGAUCAGGUAUUCUGGGCUCUAAGCCUUUAGCGGUUCACAUGUUUUUGAAAAGCAAAUUGAUUUAUGAUAUAUCGGGUUCCACA